AUGUCUAAGGUGACGACUAGAGUAGGAACCAGGAAAUUGAAUCAGAAUCAAGCAAUGCCCAAUAACGAGCAGGGCGUCGAUACGACGGCGCCCACUGCGGGCACGUCGAGCGCAACAAGCGCACCAGCUGAACCAAUGAGCGCGCAAGAGAUGAUGCGAAUGAUGACUCAAGCGAUGGUUUCCUCAAUGCAGGAGGUCGUCAAGGAGGCGAUGCGCAAGGGAACCGCUGAGAUCGCUGUAUCAAGCCAUGCGGCCUCCACCACCACGGCAAGCCCCACCACCAGCACUGAACUGUGGAGACAUGGCAUGCAGGUGACACCCUUCGAUGGGACGCUGUUGGAUCUGGAACGUUUUGUCACGGACAUCCGACGCAAGCUUGAGUCAGUGACGGCACCCGAGAAGGACAAGGUCGACUUUGUGCUUGGUCAUCUGGGUGUCGCAGCGAGGCGUUACUGUAGCCAUGUCAAGUUCGAGACUGCGGAAGCUCUGCUGGAGUACAUUAUGAAUGUGUAUGGCGUCAAGAACAGCAAGAAUAACGCACUCAGGGAAAUCAUCCAAGCGGUGGCGGAUCCAAAGAUUUCUGCGAGGCACUUCAAGAAGGUCAUGCUGUUGAAUGUGCCCAAAGCGGAACUUACGGAUGAUUUGGUGAGGCGCUUCAUUGUGCUGCAAGCGGAAGACAAAGGCGUGCGCGAUGUGGCGAAGGAGCUGUGCAAGGACACCACCGAGAUGACGUGGAUUGAUGCAUUGAACGAGUUGGUCGAAAGCAUGCCGAGCAAGAAUGCAGUGCAAUCUACGGUGUGCAUAGGCCGCAAGUUUAGCAAGACCACACCGACCCGAGCGCUUUUCGACUCGGGGUCGACGCGCACGCUGGCAGCCAGUGCCUCGGUUGAGGCGUGGGGCUUGGAGCCGCAUGUGCUGGAGCGGCCGAUGACGGUACGCAUGGUCGAUACGACGACGCGCGACAUUACGCACGCGGCCUGGGCCAAGCUGACGAUCGGCAAGUGGCGUGGCAAGGUGCUGGUCUACAUCCUGCCGCAAUGCAUCAUGCCCCUGAUCAUAGGCAUGGAUGUGUUGCAGCGGAUUACGGACAGCGGCCCGAUUCGUGUCAAAGCUCAAGAGGCGGAGAGCGCAGCGUUGCUCGUUGGGGAAAAGGCAUCGCCACAGCAGCCGUUCGAUCCGAAGGCCAUUCCGGAAGCGUUUCGGGAGUUCGCAGCCUUGUUUGAUCCAGCGGCAGCGGACAAAUACCCUCCCAAACGCGGUCCGCUGGACGUGAAGCUGCGGUUCGCGAGCGGUGACGUCGAGACGCCAUAUCGGCGCACCAAGUACAACGAGGAGGAGCGAGCGGCACUCGAUGAGAUCAUUGACAAUGGUCUUCGCACGGGUAAAAUAGUGCCGGCGCCUGGAGCAACGAACCCAUCGUCGGUGCUGUUUGUGAAAGAAGAACCGGAGAAGAAAAUCAUCAACCGGGUGGUAUUCGAUCUCCGGGGCCCCAACGCAAAGAUUCUGUCUGAGGUCCACGAUCUGCCAACAGUUGAGGAUAUCAUGGAAUCGAUGGCGGGCAUGACGAUCUUUUGCAAGCUCGACGUUUCUAAAGCCUUUAACUGUAUUCGGCUUGCAGACGAGGACUCCAUUAACGCGACGGCGUUCAGGACGCACCGUGGCGUGUUCAAGUGGACGGUGCUACCCUUCGGCAUCAAAGUCGGAAGCGUGCCCAUGCAGCGUUUGAUGGAUGCCAUGCUGCGUGGGCUCAAGGGCGUCGCGGCGUAUCAGGACGACAUCAUCGUGGGUGGCAAGAACAAGGAGGAGCUGAUCGAGACACCCGCGCGGUGCUGCGUAGG